UGGUUGGCCAUUUUGUUCGCGCGUCCUCUCUCGACUAGUGCCGUUACCCACGCUUUCUGAAUUCUCUUUUUCUACUGCCGGCCAUUGCCGGUUAACGCAUUCAUAACCUAUCUUAUAUUAAGUCCAUGUUCAUUGUUUUAGCCCAUCGCGUCACCUACUAUCACACUUAAAUAUUUUAUGUUUUUAAAUUCAUAUGAUUGUAUCGAUUAUUAUAAGAAUUUACUAAACUUAGUAAUUUUUUGAUAUCAACUAAAUAUGGAUGGACCAGGCCGCGGUUUUCGCGGCGGUGGACGUGGUGGACCUCCUGGUCCGAGAGGAAGAGGAGGAUUUGAUAUGCGGGGACGUGGAGGACCUGGUAUGAGAGGACGAGGCGGGCCGCCACGAGGUGGUCCUCCACGCGGCGGGCCACGAGGCUUCCGAGGAGGACCUAUGAGAGGUGGCGGAGGUGAUAGAGGUGGCCGUAGUUUUCCACCUGGACCACAAGGCCCUGGUCCUCAUCCUGUGCCUACAAUAGAAUCAAGAGGAGGACCUCCACAAAGAGGAGGGUUUAACAAUAGAGGUGGUCCUGGUGGUAUGCGAGGAAGAGGAGGCAGAGGUAGAGGUGAUUUUGGACCUCGUGGUGAUAGGGGUGGCCGUGGUGGGAUGCCCAUGAGAGGUCGCGGAGGUCGUGGUGGACAUGGACCACCAGGUGGUCCACAGCCAGGAGGUCCAGGUGGACCGGGGCCACACCUUCAAGCAGGACUUCCCCCUGGUGGCCCAGGUCCGGUAGUUCGGCAACCGCCACAUGUAGCGCCAGGAGCACCAGCUGUUGUUCCAACUGUUCCCCCUCACCAGUCCCAAUCAGGCCCGCCCUUCAAGAGAGGAGGUGGACCACCUCAUGGAGGUCCAGGUGGGCCACCAAAGCGUGGAAGGUAUGAAGGUCCACGAGGGGGAGGCGGAGGCCGUGCACCACAACCUGGUGGCUACCAACAGGUGCCACUCCAACACAACCCCCAAGUUCCACCAAAUGGUUAUGGACCUUCUCACACUGGAUACCAACCAUAUGAACAGCCAGCACCAGAUCCCUAUGCACAGCCAGCUUAUAAUACACCCAGUUCGUAUCAGAGCAACACUUACCCCGCGCCGGCACCCGCUCCGGCUAACUCAGGAUAUAAUUCUGGUGGGUAUGGAUCAAGCUAUGGCUAUUCUACUGGUGGACAAGGUGGUUACGAAAAUGAUAGUUAUGGCACACCAGGCGGCGCUGGUGAUGCCGGUUACGGUGUAGCGGAGCCGGCUUACGGUGGGGCGGCACCUGCCUAUGAUUCUUAUUCACAACCUUCCUACAGUUCUUACCAACAGCCUCAAACUCAAUACAACAACUAUGGCAGUUGGUGAUCUGUUUGACUAUAACAGAAUAUGAUUUACAUCCAUAUACCACAAUAAUAGCUGGAUCGAUUUAAUGAAGCAUGUGGGACAUAAAGUAUUUAUUAUGAUAAUUUAGGCUAGGUGGUUUGAAUGAAAGUCUUUGAUGCUAGAUUAAUUUUAUUUAAUGACAUACAUAAAGUAUUCAGUGACUUUAAUAAGUAGAUCUUUUGACAACUAAUCGUAAAUAGACUUAUUCUAGUGUAUACAAUUUAUUAUGAAUUGUACUUUUAUGGUAUUUUCGUAUUGAUGUCAAAUUUUUACUUUAUAAUUCAGAAAUUAAAAAUUUGUAAUACUUAUUGAGUAAUUAAUAAAAAAAUAAUACAAACGGAAUAAUGAAAAGGUAUAUAAUAAUACCAAUGUUUAGAUAUUAAGAUGCCAUUCGUAAUAAAAUUAUGAAAGAUACUGUGUAAUUUAUUUGAUGGUCACAAACAUACUAUGGUAAUAUGAUAAAACACUGAUGAUUGAUCUCAAUAUGUAUAUAAUUUUGUGUAGUUCUGCAAGAAUUAUUUUAUAAUUUAAUAAAGCUACCAGGUGAUUGGUAUUGAGGGUUGGUAUAAAAAUAUAUACAUAUAUAUGAUAAUUAACAAUAUAAAACCUUAUUAAAACAGUACAUAAAAUUUCGCAGCAGACAUUACAAUUUUCGA